AUGCACGCCCAAGCCGUCCUCUCUCUCGCCCUCGCCGGCCUCGCUCUUGCCGCCCCCCAGGCCGGCCCUCAAGGACCUCGUCCUACCCCGGACGCCAACUGGAACUGGGGAGGGGAGCACCACAACAAGACCGUCACCACCACCAAGACCCUCACGGCCUACACCACCUACUGCCCGGGGCCUACCACCCUCCACUUCAACGGCAAGAAGUACACCGUGACCAAGGAGACCACCCUCACCAUCACCGACUGCCCCUGCACAGUCGUCGAGACUCACACUCCCACCCACAGGCCUCACCACCCCACGACCGGCGGCCCAUUGCCUCCCCCCAAGACCACGGGCAGCGCCUCGCCACCUCCCCAGACCGGCUCUGCUCCUCCUCCCUCUCAGCCCACUGCCAACCCGCCGGUCAACAACGGCAGCCCUCCCUCGACCCCUAACACUCCUAACAACCCCAACCCUCCCAUCAAGGUCUCCGGCGCCGAGGGCAGCAACGCCAAGUUCGGCCUCGCCGUCGCCGCUGGUGCUGUCAUUGCCGGUCUUAUGGCCCUGUAA